GGAAGCGGGAGGGGCGCGGAGCGGAGCCGGGCCCGCGCCGCGCGCCCUGCCGGGCGGGCUUAGGGCUGCGCCAGCGAGCCGGGCCGGUGGCUCCCGCGUCGGAGACCCUACGCCGGACCCCAAGACAGCGAAGGAGAAAACUGCAGUCCAGGAUGGCUCGGUCAGCCCAUCCAAAGUCACGCAGCUGGCUCGGGCCGAGUCCCGACUGCGAGAGUGAGCCACAUGGCCCCUGCAGACCGGGCUUCGGAGGGUCCCAGGCUUGAGGACCCAUCGGCUCCCCACCCCCUUGGAAAGGCAAGGAGAGAAGCCUGCGCCGGCAGUGAGCUUCCACUUCUGCCCUUGACUGCAACACCAUAGUGCCCUCCUGGCUUAGUCAUGGCAAAACUGGAGACACUACCUGUGCGUGCUGAUCCUGGGCGGGAUCCCCUCCUGGCCUUUGCCCCACGGCCCUCUGAGCUCGGACCACCAGACCCUCGCCUGGCCAUGGGAAGUGUGGGCAGUGGGGUGGCCCAUGCUCAGGAGUUCCCCAUGAAGAGUGUGGGCACCCGCACAGGGAGUGGGGGCAGCCAGGGUAGUUUCCCUGGCCCCAGAGGUAGUGGUGGUGGGGCCGGUAGAGAGAGGCCGAGCCGUUACCCCUCAGAAGACAAGGUGCUCGCCAACUCCCUCUACCUCAAUGGCGAGCUGCGGGCCAGUGACCACACAGAUGUCUGCGGCAACGUGGUAGGAAGCAGUGGUGGCAGCAGCAGCAGUGGUGGCAGUGACAAAGCUCCACCACAGUAUCGUGAGCCCAACCAUCCACCCAAGCUCCUGGCCACCUCUGGCAAGCUAGACCAGUGCUCAGAGCCACUAGUUCGGCCGUCAGCCUUCAAGCCUGUUGUACCCAAGAAUUUCCAUUCCAUGCAGAACUUGUGUCCCCCGCAGACCAAUGGGACCCCUGAGGGACGACAGGGCCCUGGUGGCCUCAAGGGCGGACUGGAUAAGUCUCGGACCAUGACCCCAGCAGGCGGGAGUGGGGGUGGCCUCUCUGACUCAGGCCGGAACUCACUCACAAGCCUGCCCACCUAUAGUUCCAGCUACAGCCAGCACUUGGCACCCCUUAGUGCUUCCACCAGCCACAUCAACCGCAUAGGCACUGCCAGCUAUAGUAGUGGCAGCAGCGGUGGGGGAUCAGGCUACCAGGACCUGGGGACCUCUGACAGUGGGCGGGCCUCCAGCAAGAGUGGGUCAUCUUCAUCCAUGGGGCGGUCAGGCCAUCUGGGAUCUGGGGAGGGUGGAGGUGGAGGCCUGACAUUUGCAGCCUGCUCACCACCCUCGCCCAGUGCACUGAUCCAGGAGCUAGAGGAACGACUGUGGGAGAAGGAGCAGGAGGUGGCAGCUCUGCGGCGCAGCCUGGAGCAGAGCGAGGCGGCUGUGGCCCAGGUGCUGGAGGAGCGGCAGAAGGCGUGGGAACGUGAGCUGGCCGAGCUGCGGCAGGGCUGCAGUGGAAAGCUGCAGCAGGUGGCCCGUCGUGCCCAGCGUGCCCAACAGGGCCUACAGUUGCAGGUGCUGCGGCUGCAGCAGGACAAGAAGCAGUUGCAGGAGGAGGCAGCCCGGCUGAUGCGGCAGCGGGAAGAGCUAGAGGACAAGGUGGCCGCCUGCCAGAAGGAGCAGGCCGACUUCCUGCCCCGGAUGGAGGAAACUAAGUGGGAGGUGUGCCAGAAGGCCGGUGAGAUUUCUCUCCUGAAGCAGCAGCUGAAGGACUCUCAGGCGGAUGUGUCUCAGAAGCUGAGUGAGAUCGUGGGGCUGCGCUCACAGCUGCGGGAGGGCCGGGCCUCGCUUCGGGAGAAGGAGGAGCAGCUACUCAGCCUGAGGGACUCCUUUGGCAGCAAACAGGCCAGCCUGGAGCUGGGUGAGAGCGAGCUGCCCAGUGCUUGCCUCAAGCCGGCGCUGACCCCUGUGGACCUGGCCGAGCCGCAGGAGGCUCUGGCCACCUGUGAGAGCGAUGAAGCCAAAAUGCGCCGUCAGGCCGGAGUGGCAGCUGCUGCCUCUUUAGUUUCCGUGGACGGGGAGGCGGAUGCUGGGGGAGAGAAUGGGACACGGGCCUUGAGACGGGAGGUGGGGCGGCUGCAGGCCGAGCUGGCAGCUGAGCGGCGAGCCCGGGAGCGCCAGGGUGCCAGCUUCGCCGAGGAGCGCCGUGUGUGGCUGGAAGAGAAAGAGAAGGUGAUCGAGUACCAGAAGCAGCUGCAGCUGAGUUACGUGGAGAUGUAUCAGCGUAACCAACAGCUGGAGAGGCGGCUGCGGGAGCGUGGGGCUGCAGGGGGUGCGAGCACACCUACCCCACAGCACGGCGAGGAGAAGAAGGCCUGGACCCCCUCCCGCCUUGAGCGCAUUGAAUCCACAGAAAUCUGAUCUGCCAACUGGGCACACAGCCUUCUGACAAGUGCCCUGUCUGAAGGCUGGAGUCCCCAGUAUCCCCUUCCCUCCAUUCACUUCCCCAUGUGUCCCAUAUCCCCAGACCAAAGAGGUUCUCAAAGCAGCUGUGACCAGGCUCCUCCCUACUCACCGCCCCCCCCCCCAGCUCCAGCACUGCCCUUGUGGCAGCCGUUUGGACCCUCCUCCCAAGGAGGCAUGGGAGAGAGCAGAGUGCGUGGGUUUGAGGGCCCAGGAGCAGGGAGUGGUGCUCCCUUUCUAGGAAGCCCCUUGUUGGAGAUGGAGGCAGCAGGCCUGCAGUGCCAGGAGAUGCCCUAGCCCCCCUCAGGGUCUGGGCUGCUGCUGUUGGCCACCUUGCAUCCAGUGAUGCUCUUUGUACUCACCUCCUAGGCCGUGCAGCCUGAGAGGGCCUGCAUGGGUCUGCUGAGGCUGACAGAUCCUGGGCUCCUAGUCUCUCUCCUACAUGUGGUGUUCUCCCUUCCCAGGCAGAUUGGCAGGACAAAUGGGAGCAGAUGGCCUGCCUGUGGUUGAGAGGGCUACCUGCCCAGCCCCUCCCCCCCAAGGUUUCUUGGGCUCAGGCCUCAGAGCCUGGCCUGGUCCUGAGCGUGUGUUCUCUGUGUGUUUUGGAGGGGAGGGUUGGGACUGGAAGCUUGGUACCCAGGACAGGUCUGCCCUCCCACUGUUGGAUCACCUGGAGGCUUCUUGGCUCUACCCUCACCCUUCUGGUCAGAAUCCCACAGGGCAACAGCCCCUGCUGCUUGGCUGACCCCACAUCCAGGACCACUGUCCAGCUCUAACUACAGCUUAAGUGCUACUUGCCUCUCAGGCACUCCCUUUGCCCAGUUUCUGAGGUUAAAUGAGUGUCUGUGAUGUCUUCCUGUGUCUUCCCUCACUCGCUUCCCCCAGCCUCCUGCUUUCAUGCUCAGAACAUCAUCUUCCCAUGCUACCUUUUCCUCAAAGUCACACCUUUUCUUUCAGUAGAAAAUUCUGCUUGACCUUUGGUGCACUGCCCACUUCCCAGCUCCACUGACCCAAAUCUGAGCCCAAGGCCCUUGUUUCGGGGGCUGGGGAGGGUUGGAUGUGAUUGCCCUUGGAGAACAAGGCUGACCUGAGAGGAACACUGAUCCCUUGGUUCCUUGCCAAGCUCUGAGUUGGCUCAGUAUUUGCCCAGGGAGACCUGGGAUGGCCUUCAGUAGGGGUUGGGACAGCCAAUGUUACUUUCUUCUCUGGGAUCCUUCUCAGAGUCUAUCUCCCCAAGACAGGAAGGGAAAUUCUAAUUUUCCUUCUAAGAAAGCAAAUUUCUAAUUCACCAGCAAUAAAAAUCAGAGGAGGCUUGGCCCUUAGUCCUUGUAUUUCUCUUUUUCACUCUCUCUUCUACCCCCAAGAUUGACUUUGGGGGGCAAAGUAGAGAGAGCUGGCAUCUACUGUGAGCAAGUCCCUUAGCCCCUGACCAGCCUCCUCCCAUGACUGGUGACUGUUUAACAAGCUGUGCACCCCCCACAAAAACAGGAGGGCUCCUCUUCGUGGCCUCCAGUCCCCUGCACAGCCCCUUUUGGGUGGUCCUCACCAGGUUUCUGAGCUGGGUGGGAGGCCACCCUGGCAACCACUGCCCAUUCACUCUUCCCUCAUUGCACCUGCCCCAGACCCUGGGCUGAGCCACGGGGCUGGGAGAAGAGAAGGCAUUAGUAGGAAAAAAAAAUGGGAAAAAAUAUGAACAGACUCAGCUUUGGGAUGUCCAACUACAAAAUAAAUUAUAUAUAAAUAUAUAUAAAAUAUAUAUCUCUACCAUAUGUGAUGGAAAGACUUUUUGUUUUCCUUUCCCAA